AUGGAAUCAUUUUCAUUUACUGUGGAUGAGGAUGACGAGGAAUCGGUUGAAGAGGAGGAGCCAAAACUCAAAUACAAACGCCUUGAAGCAGAUAUUGGUAAAAUAUUAACAACUCAAGCAGCAAGUGCUAUGGCCGUUUCAAAAAGACUUGUGGUUUUAGGAACACAUAAUGGAGAAAUAUUUAUACUUGAUUUUGAUGGAAAUAGAAUUAAACAAUAUUCAUCGAAUUCUGCUACAAUCAGUGAUAUAUCAAUUGAUGCAUAUGAAGAAUAUAUUGCAAGUGCUUCAAUAGAUGGUAAAGUCAUUAUUCACAAAUGGGAAGAUGAUUCAACACAAGUUUUCAACUAUCGACGUCCUCUAAAAUGUGUCUCAUUGGAUCCUAAUUUUAGAGAUACACAACAAUUUGUGUCAGGUGGUUUAGCUGGCAAUUUAAUUCUUAGUGAUAAAGGAUGGUUUGGUCAGAAGCAAGAAAAAAUACUUCAACAUUCUGGUGAAGGCCCAAUUUAUGCUGCUAGUUGGAAAGGAUCAUUAAUUGCUUAUGCCAAUGAUGAAGUAAGAGUUUUUUUUAAUUUAUUUUUCAAUUACUAUAUUCCUAGAGCAGAUUUGUAUCGUUGUAAUCUUUGUUGGCGUAGUGACACUCAAUUAUUGAGAGGUUGGGCCAAUAAUGUUCAAAUAUGUGCUAUAAAAGAUAAACCUAAAAACGAAAUUGUUGCUGGCAGACCAAUACAAUAUGUUGAAGUGACAUUGUUCCAAACAGAUUUUAUUGUAUGUGGUAUUGCACCAUUCAAAGAUAUGAUUGUACUAUUGGCAUAUAUAACUGAUGAUAUUACAAAUAACCCUGAUUCAAAUGAUACACAACAAUAUAAACGUCCUCAUGCCAAACGUCCUGAAAUAAGGAUUAUUAAUGCAUUUAAUGAAGAGAUAUCAACAGAUGUUUUGUCACUUCAUGGAUACCAACACUAUCAAGCAAACGAUUAUACUCUUGACUAUUUUCCGGAAGAAGAUAUAGAAUUAGAUGAUUUUGACAAAAGUUCUGAUGAUGUCAAUGAUGAUAUAGAGUUGUUUGAUAAUAGUUUUAAAAGUAGUGAUUCAUUAUUUGAAUUGCCAACUGAAAUCAAAGAUAAAUGA